AUGAGUAUUUCAACGGCUAUACAACCACCUUCGUUGUCUAGCACUACAAUUAAAACCAACCAAGGUGCUUCAUCUUCAAUAAUAUCAUCACCAAAAUCUACAACAAAAUUAAAUUCAAUUUCAUUACCUUUAAGAUCACUUACUAUAUCUAAUCCAAAAACUGAAGAAGAUAACUUUAUAAAUAAAUUAAAAUCAAAUAUUAUAUUAAUUACAAAAUUUUCAUUUAAUUCAGAAACAUCAAAUGAAUUAAGUAUAAAAAAGGGAGAUAUUCUAAAAUUAUUAGACGUACCUAGUAAUGGAUGGUUAUUAGUAAAAUUUAUUGAUAAAUUACAACCACCAGGUUUAAUACCUGCAUUAUAUGUCGAUAUAGCAGUUAAUGAUCCAAUAAAUCCAAUAACUUUAACUUGGUUACAUUCAAUUAAUAAUGCUUCAUCAAAUAUUAUAAAAGAUCAUAAAUUUUUAAAUUUACAAUUUAAUAAAAUUGAAUCAAAAUUUCAAACUAUAAAUAAUAAACCAUAUCCUAUUCUUGUAUCAAUACUGAAUUUUGCAUUGUAUAAUCAAAGAUAUUGGUAUAGAUUAGAUGUUGAAUUAUCAAAUAAAACAAAAAUUUAUUUAUGUAGAUAUUAUCAGGAUUUUUAUAAUUUACAUAUAAACUUGUUGGAUUUAAUUAGUAAAAUACCAAAUGAAGAUAAAGAAGAAGAUGAAAUAGAUUUAAAAUUACCAAAAUUACCAGAACCUUUACCAACAAGAUCAAAAAAGGAUGUAAAUGAAAAUAAUAUACUAGAAGAUGAUAUCAAUUUAUUACUCAAAAGAUGUAAUGAUUUAAAUAUUUAUAUUAAUAAAUUAAUCUUAAAUAAAUAUUUUCAAACUUCAAAUGAAUUGAAUGAUUGGCUUGAUUUGGAAUAUAAUGAAUUACCAGGUUUUUUGGAAGUUGAACAAUUGGAAAAUGAUGAAAUUAAUCAAAAAAUAUUACCAGGUUCAAUUGAUGUAGUAAAAGAAUUUAAUGAGAAGAAAUUCAAAGAAAAAGAAGAAUUUGAGAAAUUACAAAAGGAAAAAGAGCAAGAAAAUCAAGAAGAAGACUUGGAGGACGACGAUGAAAAUGAUGAAGAAGAAGAAGAAGAGAAAGAAGAUUUACCAUCAAGAACUAAAUCAAAAAAUAUAUACAAUAAUUAUCAACAAGCAUCAUCAGCUUUUAGACAAACUUCAAUAAAGAGAACUCAAUCAAAAAGUAAAUCAAAACUGAUAUCACCAACUUCAUCAACUCCAAAUAAUUCUUUUAAUAUAUCAAAUUCAUCUAUAACUUUAGUUAAAGACCAAGACGUGGGUACUCCAAAUACAUCAAUGGAUUCAAAUACUAAUUCAAAUUCUCCUACAAUAAUAAGGAAAAAAUCUCAACAUUUUCAUCCUAAACAACCUCAAAAUUAUCCACCAUUACCUCAAAAUCAUAAACUUCCAUCAUCAUUUUCAACUCCUCCAAUACCACAUUCUAAUCAAUUUACAGGAAAUUCCCCACAUCAACAACAUCAACAACAAGUAACUCCAACUAAGAGUUCAUCAUCUCAUCAACCACCACCUCAUCAUUUCCACAAUCAUCAACAACAAUACUCCCCAAAUUAUGUAAAUUUCCCACAUGCUCCAAAAACACCAACAACAAAGCCAGGUUUUUCACCAAGAAAUCAAAUGAUAAAUUCACCUCAAAUUUCACAAUUUCCACCAAAUUAUUAUUAUAAUCAACAACAAAAUCAACAACAAAAUAUAAAAAUGUCACCAUUAAGUAUUAACACAAAGAUAUUCCCAAUAUCAGGAUACCCAAACCCAAGCCAAUCUCCACAACAAUUACAACAACAACAAUCACCAACUACCACAAAAAAGCAUCCAUUACAAAACCAUCAAAUAUUAAGAUGUAAAGUGUUAAACUUAAAGAAUGAAAUGUUAUAUAUAAGUAUCCCGAAAUAUCAAAUUUUAUCAAUUAAAAACUUUAAAUCAAUUAUUUUUAAAAAAUUAAAUAUUGGAGAUAAUCAAAGUUUAUUUAUUAAUUUACCAAAUUUUAAAAAUUUUGAAAAUUUAGAUCAUUGUAAAUUUAAUUUUGAUGAAUUUUUAAGAUUUAAUAAUGAAGUUAAUUUGAAAAUUGGUUAA